AUGGAUGCUUGCCAAUAUUCUGAAGUUGACUGUGACGACCAACUUGAAAACUGUUUCCAGAUAUACGUUACCAAAUGGCUUCCGGCGCCGACUCAGUACCGUUGCUCCUGUAAGGAGGGUUUCAAAAGACACCCAGCUAAAAAGUGCCUUCCCCUAAGAGCAAAGGAUCCCUUGCAAGAACCCUUUGAAGAAAAAUCAAAGAAGUUGACGGAGGAAAAGAAAUCGAACACUGGAGUUAUGUUAUGGAGCAUCGCAGGCUGUAUUGUGCUGAUAAAUACUUUGGCUGUUUGUUUAUGGGGGAACGCUCCCAAGGAAAUUAGCAACGAGGAAAGGCUUCGGCAAGCGAUCAUCAAAGAGAUGGAAGAAACAUUGGGAGUCAAAAAAGAAGAGGAACAGGAACAAACAAUGUUAUCAAAAAUAGCGAGUUGCUUGCGUCGUUUGAUACAAGGACCUUCAAAGACAACUGAAGAUGACUUCAAAAUCGCCUUAAAGCCAAUUAAAAUUGAUACCAAUAUGGAAAUAGGGCAACAAUGGCAUAUCGAAAUGGAACAUCGAAAUAACAAUAAGACAAACAUGAUGUCAACGGCAGAUGAAGCACGAACAGACUUGAAUGAAAAUGACAUCAACAUCGAGUCAAUCCCGUUUGAAAAUGAUAUGGAUAUGAACUUAGGGAUCGAAAGUGACAAGACAACGGAAUUAGAGACGACUGAAUAUGCCACAACUGAAAAUGUCAUCGAGGCGGCCUUAGAGGCGGCUAAAAAUGACAACCACAUCGACUCACAGACGAUUGGAAUUGAUAUCAGGGAUGAUUCCACAGAAACUGUUGAGGGCGUCGAGACGGGCUUGUUGAAAUCUGAAAAUGAGAUCAUGAGUGAUUCAACGACAACUGAAAAUGCCAUCGAGACGGCUGAAAAUGACAGCAAGAUAAACUCUCAGAAAGAUGUUAAUGAAAUCAAGGAUGAUUCGACAGCAACUAAAAACGACGUCAAUACGGGCUUAGAGACUUCCGAAAAUGAAACCAGGAAUGGUUCGAUGACCACUGAACAUGAGGGCAAGUUAGCCUUGGCGACGCUUGAAAAUGACAUGAAGGUGGACUCAAAGACGAUUGAAAAUUAUAUAAAUGAUUCGAGGGCAACUGAAAAUGACGUCGAGACGGGACUGGAGACGAGUGAAAAAGAAGACAAGAUGGAUUCAAAGACAACUGAAAAUGUGAUCAAUGAUUUGACAACUGAAAAUCGCAUUAUAACGGACUUAAAAAGGAAUAAAAAUGAUAACAAGAUGGACUCACAGAUGAUUGAAAAUUAGGUCGCAGAUGAUUCGACAAGUGAUAAGAGCGCCGAUGCAGGCUUAAAAUGACAUUCGCUAAAAAGGACACGAUUCAAAAUGAGAUCAUUCUUGAUUCGACGAUUACCGAAAAUGUCGACACGACUAGAGACGUCCAAAAAUGAGACCAAGAUGAAUUCAAAGAAAAAAUAAGAGGGGACAAAAGACGAUUCGACAACAACUGAAAAUGACGCCAGGUUAGUCUUGGAUAUGACUGAAAGUGAAACAAAGAUGGAAACCAAUAAGACAGAAAAUGAGAUCAAUGAUUUGACGAAGACUGAAAAUCUCGUCGAAAUGGAAUCGAGUACCAUGGAAAAUGACGGCAAAAUGGACUAAAAAACGAUUGAAACUCAGAUUGAAAAUGAUCUGACCACUACUGAACAUUGCGUCGAGGCGGACCUAGAAACGACAGAAAGUAACACAAUGAUGGACAUGUACACUGCAGUGAAGAAAAGAGACGAUAGUAACGAGGAAAGAACUUUAAACCGAAAGUAUCUAAUUUUCACAAAAAUAAGACUGUCACUUUCACAAUUUUUAAAUCUUGACCAAAGUCGGUGUGUGACGUAGUUGUUCUUCACAUUCAUACGCUUGAAGUGCUUAAAGUGUAAAAAAAAAAUUCUCUCAUUGUUUCUUCCUACAUUCAGAUUAAAUUGCCUUUUUGUG